CCACAUUCCAAACCACUCUCCGCCACCCAAUCUGGAAGAUAUAGUAGUGCCACAUUGGUGGGCCCAGACAAUCAAAAAAGAAAAGCCAACAGAAAAAGUUCUCAAGCUGAGCGAAAGUGCUCGAGAGGAACAUCAUAAUAGGUUCGCCUUCAGCACCUUGCCGGUGAAUAACGCCGGCAAUGCCGCGAGCCGUGUCCGACGGGGGCGAGGCCAUCGACGCCGACAUCGCCAGCCGGACGUCAUCGCACAGCCACAUGGACGGCGGCCAUCAUCAUCAUCAUCACGGCCACAAGGUCGAGUUCCCACCGAAGAAGAAGCUCAUCGACGAGUUCACCGACGCCGUGAAGGAGACGUUCUUCGCCGACGACCCGUUGCGGCAGUACAAGGACCAGCCGAUGUCAAAGAAGGUGUUGAUCAGCCUGCAAAACUUCUUCCCGGUGCUGGACUGGGGCCGGCACUACACCUUCCGCAAGUUCAGGGGCGACCUCGUCUCCGGCCUCACCAUUGCCAGCCUCUGCAUACCCCAGGACAUCGGUUAUGCGAAGCUUGCUGGCCUAUUACCAAAUUAUGGACUGUACAGCAGCUUCGUACCGCCUUUGAUAUACGCGAUGAUGGGAAGUUCCAGGGAUAUAGCCAUUGGUCCAGUGGCCGUCGUUUCGCUGCUGCUUGGCACUCUCCUCCAGAAUGAGUUUGAUCCCAAGAAGAAUCAGGAAGAGUACACCCGGCUGGCCUUCACUGCAACGUUCUUCGCUGGGGUCACCCAGGCAGCGCUCGGAUUCCUCAGGCUAGGGUUUAUCAUAGAGUUCUUGUCCCAUGCUGCCAUCGUUGGAUUCAUGGCGGGAGCGGCCAUCACCAUUGCCCUUCAGCAGCUUAAAGGCUUCCUUGGAAUUGCAAACUUCACCAAGAAGACUGACAUCAUCUCGGUCAUGAAAUCAGUCUGGGGAAAUGUUCACCAUGGGUGGAACUGGCAGACGAUAUUGAUCGGAGCAUCCUUCCUGGCAUUCCUCCUGGUUGCAAAAUACAUUGCAAAGAAGAAUAAGAAACUCUUUUGGGUGGCUGCAAUUGCACCACUCACUUCGGUGAUCAUAUCCACCCUUUUUGUCUAUAUCACUCGAGCAGACAAGCAUGGUGUCGUGAUUGUCAAGUACAUAAAGAAAGGCAUCAAUCCACCUUCAGCUAGUCUCAUAUACUUCAGUGGCCCAAACCUGAUGAAAGGAUUCAGAAUAGGAGUAAUAGCUGGCAUGAUAGGCCUAACAGAAGCAAUUGCAAUAGGAAGAACAUUCGCUGGCCUGAAGGACUACAAGAUUGAUGGAAACAAGGAAAUGGUUGCUCUAGGAACAAUGAACAUUGUUGGUUCAAUGACUUCUUGCUACGUAGCUACAGGUUCUUUCUCGCGGUCAGCAGUCAAUUACAUGGCUGGCUGCCAAACAGCGGUAUCCAAUAUUGUUAUGUCAAUUGUAGUACUGCUCACACUGGAGCUGAUUACUCCAUUGUUCAAGUAUACGCCCAAUGCCAUCCUUUCUUCCAUCAUCAUAUCAGCAGUGCUUGGCUUAGUCGACUACCACACAGCAUACCUUAUCUGGAAGGUUGAUAAACUUGACUUUCUGGCAUGCUUAGGAGCAUUCUUUGGCGUCAUAUUUUCAUCAGUGGAGUAUGGUCUGCUAAUUGCGGUUGCGAUCUCACUCGCUAAAAUUCUUCUACAAGUUACACGACCCAGAACAGUUUUGCUUGGUAACCUUCCAAGAACAACAUUAUAUAGGAAUAUCGACCAGUAUCCAGAAGCUACCUUGGUACCAGGAGUGGUAAUAGUUAGGGUGGACUCAGCUAUCUACUUCACAAACUCGAACUAUGUUAAAGACAGAAUCCUGAGGUGGCUGAGGGACGAGGAAGAACGUCAGCAGGAACAGAAGCUACAGAAAACUGAGUUUCUGAUUGUUGAGCUAUCUCCGGUAAUUGACAUUGAUACAAGUGGAAUCCAUGCCUUGGAGGAUCUAUUUAGAGCACUUGAAAAGCGCAAAAUCCAGCUGAUUCUAGCCAAUCCGGGGCCAGCUGUGAUCCUGAAGCUCCGAUCAGCGAAAUUCACGGAUCUCAUCGGUGAAGACAAGAUAUUCCUGACUGUCGGGGACGCAGUGAAGAAAUUUGCUCCUAAGGCAGUGGAGAAUGUCUGAAGAAACAGGCAUAGUACAGAGAAGUUAUUUUCAUUCUUUUGCAAGCUCCAUGUUUGCAGGUGUGAUUUAUAGAGCAGAGCAGCACAGGAAGUGCAUAACAUAGUUUUUCAAAAAGGUAAAAUAAAGGUGGUGUGCCGGAGUUGGAGCGCAUCAGGUUUGCAAGAUAUGGUUGGAGAAAAAAGCAGAUGGUGCCCGUUGCAUAUCUACUUCAGUGGCUGUGAAUUGUGAUUAGUAUGUUGGCAAGCACUUUGGGUGAAAGUUUGAUGGAUAAGAUAAGAAAAGAUAGUCAUUUGCUUAAGCUGUCAGUGUGUAUCUCCAUCUGGUUGUAAUUACCCCCUUUCUUUCUACUUGAUCAAGCGUACAAAUUACAAUGAGGUUUUACUUUUUGACGACCAAUGUUGUCUAUAGCGUCCAUCCAAUAUACAUGCUUUCAGAA